AUGAUCACUUUCUUUCUGCCUGUGGCGUCUGCUCAGCGGGAUCACUUCCCAGGUGCCCCAGCCUGUGCAUGGGAGGGCACCCGGCAGGCAACUGACGCAUUUAUCGAGGCCCUCCUGGCACCAAGCGAGACAAUCGACUUUCUAUCAACCUUCCCUCUCUUCACAGCAUCUCCCAACUUCAAGUAUAUAGAAAACGGCAAGCAUAUCGCUUUCCUGGGUGAGGAAAGCCUGAUCCAUGCGUGGCCAAACGAGGUCGCAGAUACACUGCAGGAUGCCUACGUGCACAGUAUUGUCGAUGAACAAGACAGAUGUACCGGCUUUGUGAAGAUCAUUGUUCCCCUAGGGCGAGGAAAGACAGGCGGCGAGGGUGAGGACAUGGAGUCUGUACAAGCGACAAAUGCGACAGCAAGAAGUUACCUAGCUGUCGGUGCAUAUCUGGAAUAUAGCUACGAUGAAACUCGCCCUGGACUGGAGGCCGUCUUGGCCGAGGAGAUCAACUUGGUUUACGCCAGGCUGCAGCCUGCUUCUUCUACAAAACUCCCUGAUAAUGCUGACGCAGAAAACCUCUUGCAGAUCAUGAAGAAAGAGCCUUGGGGUGUCGUCGGGACGCCCGAGCAAGACAACGUUCAGCACUUGCAGGCAGUGGCAGAACGGUAUCUAAAUAUUGUUGGCGGGGAAGAGAACUUCCAGGAUAGUACCGAUGUACAAGCUGUAAGUGAGGAUGACUCAGGGGAAGAACUCUGGGGCAAGCCAUGCUCAAGGCUAGAAGGUACGGUGCUCACUGUUCCGGGGGAGACCGAGAGAUGUGGUAAGGGGCUGCAGCUGCCCCCAGCAGGGGAAGGCAAGGGCAUCACGGACAGAAAAUGGACUGUGGAUGAGGCACUCGGUGCUGUUGGGGUGGUAGCGAAGGAUGAAAACAAGGGAGGAAUAUCAACAGUGAUAGAGCUGAGGGUUGAGGGAGGAAAGUUGCGGUAUGUCCAUCAGUUUUGGGCGAGUGAGCGAUGA